AUGGAGUGGAAAGCAUACAGCGAAAGACUAUGCUACGCGCGAUUGGACGCGCACCCAACACCUCUUUCCAUCAUCAGUGCCUAUUCACCGACUGAAAACGGCGAGGACACAGAGAAAGAUGCAUUUUACAGUCUACUAAAAGAAUGCCUGAAAGCCAUUCCAAGAAAAGAUGUCCUCUUGAUCGGAGGAGAUCUAAACUCCAAGCUGGGCAAGCAGCUACUUGAUGAAGAGAAGAAUAUCGGGAAGUUUGCCAUCGGAGAACGCAACAACAAUGGCCAACGACUUGCCGAGCUUAUCGUCUUCUUAGAUCUAGUCGCAAUGAACACGACAAUCCAGAAAAAGCGCCGGAAACUAGCAACGUGGAUAUCAAAUGACAGAAAGACUCGGAAUCAGAUCGACUACAUACUCACCAACCGCAGAUGGCGCUCGGCCAUAAACGACACAACGAUACAGAAUGCUUGGAAUAAUUUGGCGCAAUCUCUACACAAGGCAGCUGAAAAGGCCGUUGGCGCCACCACCAGAAAGAACAACCCCUGGAUAUCAGGAGAAACAUUGAAGCUCAUCCUGGACCGAAACGAUGCUACCUCCAAGAAACAAGACGCGAGCACAAUCAAGGAAAAGCGAAAAGCAGUUAACAGAUUUCUCCUAUCAAAGAUUAAAGACAUUGAGCUCGCUGAAGCCCGUGGUGAUUAG